AUGCUGCUGAACACUCUGCUUAUGGUAAUACUGAGCUCUCAGUGCAUCUGGGCCAGAAAGUCUGAACCCUCCCUCAGCCAGGGGGACACCGUCGGAUUGCUCAGGGGAGCAGACAAAUAUGACUUUGCCAUUGAGGUUUCUGCUGCAGGGAUGGAGUGUUUCUGGUACUUUGCCCACCAGAGUGGAAGCUUCUACUUCACAUAUAUGGUACAGUGGGUGACAGGGAUGGCCAACAAUCACCGGCUGUUUGUGACGGUCAACUCACCAGAGGGCGCUCUGGUGGCGUCACACAACAAAGCUGUUGGUCAAUUGAAUUUCCAGACUGAGUUGACAGGUUUUUACCGAAUGUGUCUUGGGAACCAUAACAACCAAUUCGGAAGAAUCAGGGUCUUUCUGAGCUUCGGUGUCAUCUACGAAGGAUCAGAAGAAUCAAAGACAGAUCUGGAGGAAGGGCACAAAGUCCUCAACAGCACUUUGACUGCUAUUGAGGAGAGUGUACAGAGGCUCCAGAAUGAGAUAUUUCACAUGUGGCAUCAUUACAAUUUUGCUCGCAUGAGAAAAGGGAAGGAUCACUACCUCCUCCUGUCCAACCUCAGCUACGUCAACUGGUGGUCGGCGACCCAAAGUCUCAUCAUCCUCCUGUCUGGAUACCUGCAGCUCCUUUUCCUCAAGAGACUCUUCCACACAGACAGCAGCAGGUCGAGAUGCUGA